UAUAAAAGGAAACGUUUGUGACAGACUGUUUGAAAGAUCACUUCUGACAGACCCUUUGUUGCUCAUGACAUUACUGAACGUCCUACUCUUGGCAACAACAGGUCCUAUCGAGGCCUGGUUUCUUGUCGAUCUGAUGGUGAUUCGAGGAUUUGAAAGAGAGCAAGGUUCCUUGUUCGUAUCCAUAAACGGGUUCGCAAACUUCUUAGGACGUGGCUUGGGUGGUAUUCUGCGAAUGUUUUGUCAUGUACCAACAAUAUACCAUUGGGUAUAUCUAGCACCAGUAGUUGCUGUAGGACAUCUGCUGAUUGUAAACUUCUACGAUUACUGGCCUUUAUUUUGGGCCAACAUGCUUUAUGGAACCUUCUUCGGGGUGACAGUUGCGCAAGAACCAGCUAUUAUGUUUGAGGCUUCGGGAUUGGAACGAUAUCCGAAAGGAAUCGCUCUGAUGAACUUAAUGUAUGGUAUCGGGAAUUUUGUUGGAGGUUUAAUAGGAGGUAUAAUUAAAGAUGAACUUGGCACAUACAACUUAUUAUUCUACAUCGCUGUUGGGGCCAGUCUGUAUGUUUCCUUAGCCACCGUUGGGAUUAUUUUCUGUAUGAGACAUAGAAACAAACAUUCAAAGCCAAAUGAGCCAUUACUCGAACAAGAUGUAUUCUUCCAAGGCGAUGACAUUUUCGAACGACAACCACUGCUGCGACGUCAUUCUGCGUACUGAUAGUAAUACUGACGACGAUGAUGUCUUACCUGUUACUUGCAUAUACAUAAUUUAUUGACUGUUCUUUUGUUUAAGGCAUUUCACUAAAUAAUUAAGCAUGUACAAAAAGUUGGUCUUAUACAUUUCUGUCUGAAAAGCCCAUGUAAAUGUAUGUUUAUUCUCUCUUGUAAUAUGCAAAUUAAUCGAUAUUUAAAUACUUGAACUCCAUUACAUAAGAUACUGUCCAUUGAAUGUACCGCACUUGUGGUCCACUCGUUUUGUAUGUGUUUUAUUGCUGUUGUGUAUUUAUUUCUCCAUGUGUUUGUCCAUGCUUCAUAAGAUAACAUCGAUUUGACCACAACCGAAUACGCUUGCAUAUAUUUAACAUGUUUUAUAUCACUAUCAUACUACAAAUAACCGGUGGCCUUCCAUAUCUUUAUGGUGUGUUUAACAAUAUGCUCGCACUAAAAUACACUUGUAAUGGCUACAUUAGUGUAUAUCGAUGCUUCUUGAUAACUUCGGUUGAAGGAAAAAAACACAAAUAUUUUCUGUGAAACACUAACGCUUUAUUAAUAAAAAAAAACGUAAGAAAACACUACAAGAUAUUAAGUUGAAAGCAAAUAACAAAACACUAUCACAGUACAAUUUCUGUCAACGGCAGAAACAAAAUCAACAACUACACAAGAAGACUAAGCGUGAAAAGUAGGAUUUAUCUAAAAGAUAAAGAAUAUUGCGGAAAUAGUCAAAUGUUUUAUUUCAGUUAUUUGUGUAUGUAAAGAACAACUUAAGAAUAGUUUUAUUAACGUCAAUAACAAGCAUUAUCGAAAAAAUAUAUCCAUAAGAACUUGGACAAACUAUACCUCGAUCAACACUCUGACACUCUUAUUUAAAAUCAAUACAUACACAUGUUUAACAAACAUAUAUUUUGAGUGAUAAACCUUUAACUAUUCACUGAAUAAUGCAUUUAUAGAAAAUAUUAAUUACUGAAAGCAAGAUUGUAACCAUGCAUUUUAUAUCUGUCUGAAAAAGAAUAAUUAUUAAAUAGCUGGUGAGUGCUAAAAUAUUUACAGUGAUCAACUAUCGUCUCAUUAGGUAGAAAUACCGUGUUUGUUGUACCUUUUUUACAAAUAAAACUCAGUAUCCUUCAUAAGAACCAUUGUUUUCGACAUUUAUUCAUACUUUUGGGUAAAUUGAAACAAAUGAGUUAAUUGUGGUAAAUCUUAUUUGGGAGUAAGAGUGCAUCUUCAAAAACUACAUCACAGUAGCGUAGCGUUUAAUUUAAAGAUAAAAUUAGUUCGAACAUAUUAUGUCUAUAUUAUAGUCAACAUUUGAUUGAUAAGGUUUGCUUUAGUUUGUAGUUCCUUUAAAUGUAAAUCGAUUUAAAGGACA